AUGGCCAGCCAGAGCGGCGACGGCCAGCCGGACGGUGGCGACGUCGACAGUCCGAAUUGCCAGCUGCGCGUGGUGUCCCAGGGCGGCCGGGCAGAGCAUGAGGACAGCGGCCUGAAGUGCUCCCUGUCGAGCAAGCGGCACUUUGACGAGGCGACGCUCAGCUUCAAUACCCUGCUGUAUGUGCAGAUCACCAACACGGGCAAGAGACACAUCGAACUCAUGUGAGUGACUGAGUGAGUGAGUGAGUGAGUGAUGCUGACCACAAAACACCGGAGACACACGAUGGUGUCUCUGUGUGUGUGUGUCUCUGUGUUGUGCGUCUAGAAUGCUCACCUACAAGUUCAAAGGUGCACAAUGCUUGCGCGGCAUUGGAUUGUGCAUUUUCUUCUCAGCAGCUGUGUAAGUAAUGAUAUCUCCUGUGUGUGUCAGACCCAUGGAGCGGCCACGGUGCCCCGACGCACAUACACACUCACGAUCCACUCACAAUCCACAGGUGCACAGUCUGGUGUUCAGUUCGCCGGUUUGUGAAGAGUCUGCCUUGCCUGCUCCACCCAGCCGACGGCAGCCAGCGGAAGGACGACGGCGUUCGCUCCUUCAAGUCCGUGACGUACGCUGCCAGAAUGGCCGAGGACAAGAAGGCAAGACAAGCAGACAGAACACAUCCAUCCAUUUGUGUGACUUCAUGUGUGUGUCUCUUCCGAUCAGAUCCAGCGCGAUAGCUUCAUCUGUGAGCUGCCGGAGCCAGAGCAGUCCGACGGUGACUCUGAGGUCGAAAUCGUCCUCACAGUCCACUUCAGAUCGCACCAUACCAGGUUUGUUAUCUAUAGUGCACACGCAUGUCUGUGUCUCUCUCAGUGCGCAUGCGGAUGUAUGUGAAUGUUCAGGUCGAUUGCCCGACAGCGUUGCUCGUCUUUCUGUCUCGAUGUGCUGUCCGAGGCAGCAUCGACAGGGAAGCGGACACUCUCGCCCUCGAGGCAGUCCACCAGCACCGACCAACAAAUCAAGAAGUCGAGACACGGCUAGACAGACACACACACAGAGGCAGACACGUGCAAGCAGACAGAGAGACAGACAACCGUGGUGAGUGGGUGGAGUGAACUCGACUGCAGAGGUGUGAGCGAGAG